AUGCCCGUGCUGAUACCCCCGAUUGAGCAAAGCCAGAGCUCGCGCGUCGGGGCCCGGGAAUGGCGCGAGGAGGCCCAGGCCAAGAUGUUGGAGGCGCAGCAGCUGACCGACCGCUGCGGGCAGGAGGCCGUGGCCAUGUGGCAACCCAAGGACAGCGUGUGGGACCCGAACGUGGCGCGCCACCUCUGCAAGGCCGCCUACAUCCAGCCCUGGCGCUUCCACGUGCAGUUGCUCCAAGAUGGGGGCACCUUGGAGACGCCGCCGCCGGGCGAGGGCGUCACGCUGUGGAAGAGCAAGAUGAAGCCGCCGGCCUGGCACGCGCGCCUGCCGCUGCCCCUGAACCGCGACGCGCGCGCCCUGCAGACCGUGGAUCUGGUGCAGGCGCACGUGCGCGGGGCGCGCCUCACCGCCGCGCGCCUGGGCCGCGCGCAGCAGCAGAUCAAUGGGCAGCUGCAGCUGCUGCAGCGCCAGCGCCAGGCCACCGACCACAGGCUCAGCGAGGUGCGCAAGGGCCUGCUCAUUAACCAGCAGAGCGUCAAGCUGCGGGGCUACCGGCCCGAGUCGGAGAAGAUCCCUGACAAAGCCGACAGUAUGCUUACCCUGGAGAGAGAGAAGUUAAAGAGCAUGAAGAGGAAAAUGGAGGAAGACAUGGAAAAAUCAGAGGUCAUGCUCAAGGCCCUGGCCUCCUGCCGAGACACCCUAGCCUUCUGCUGCAAGGAGAGGCUCCAAGCUGUGGACUUAAUGAACAAGCCCCUGGACAAGGUUCUGGAGCUGGCCGGCCGCCACUCCUGGGUGGACCUCUCCCGCAUCCCCACCCCCAGCACUCAGGGUCUGAAAACGCCUCCUUCAGACCCUGUGGGCGCAUACACACCAGAGUGCGCCGCGGCGCUGAACGACGCCAAGCGCCUGCUGAUGGAGUCCAAGGACGCCUUACAGGAAAUGGCCAAGAACGAGGAGGACAUCCGGGAGCAACAGCUGGAGAUAAGCGAUGGCGUGUGCUCCUCGCUGGCCCAAAAGAUGCGCGAGACCACGGAGCUGAAGGAAAGAAUGAACAUGACCGUAGGACUGAUGAGGGGGACUAUCCACCGGUGCACGAAAUUCAACCAGGAGAUGUACAUCACCCGCGGCCUCAUCAAGGGUCCUCUGUCCAAAACUCACCUGGAGACUCGGGAGAAACUGGACCGACCCCUGGUCCGCGUGUACCAGAGACACGUGGGCACCCAGCUCCCGGAGGCCGCGCGCCUCACCCAGGGCACUGACAAGCUGCAGCGCCACAUCUCGCACGUGGAGAAGAACCUGGAGGAUCUGCACACCACGCACAGGAACCUCACCCGCAGCCUCAACUGCAAGAGGAUCGGGCACGAGGUGGACUACAACGUGGUGCGCCUGCGCCUCCGCCAGAGGCACCCGCACGUCAACUACCAGCAGGCGCAGUGCCUGGUCAACGACUGGGACCCGCGCACGCCGCCAAAGACCGGGACCCGCCCACAAACUCAGCAGCCAAAAGGGGACAGCAAGGCAGCCAAGUAG